UAGGUGGGGGUAAAGUCCUGUACUAAUAGGGCUCUGUACACCAGCUUUUCCUGCAAGUUAAAUUCAAAACAAGCCCUUUUUUUUUUUUGGCUCAAAAUUGUUGGGGGUGGGGAGAAAUAGAAGGAACCAGGAAGAGAGAAGGAGGAGGAAGCUCAGCCUUCCCUCCAGUCUUUUCAGAAAACCAAACAUGGCAUCUUCCAUGAGGAGCUUGUUUUCUGACCACAGCAGAUACGUAGAAUGUUUUCGGAGGUUUCUCAAGAAUUCCACAGAGCAUCAGUGCAUGCAGGAAUUUCUGGACAAGAAGCUGCCAAGCAUACUAGCAAGGAUUGGAGACACAAAAUCAGAAAUUAAAAUUCUAAGCAUCGGUGGAGGUGCAGGUGAAAUAGAUCUUCAGAUUAUUUCCAAAGUGCGGGCUCAAUACCCUGCAGUGCAUAUCAACAAUGAAGUUGUUGAGCCAAAUGUCGAACAAAUUGCCAAAUACAAAGAGCUCGUAGCCAAAACAUCAGACCUUGAGAACAUAAAAUUUGCUUGGCAUGAGGAAACAUCAUCUGAAUAUCAAAGCAGAAUUAUGGAGAAAAAUGAACUUCAGAAGUGGGACUUUAUUCAUAUGAUUCAGAUGCUGUAUUAUGUAAAAGACAUCCCAGCCACCCUAAAAUUUUUUCAUAGUCUCUUAGCUACCAAUGCUAAGAUUCUCAUUAUUCUUGUGUCAGGAAUCAGUGGCUGGGACAAACUAUGGAAAAAGUAUGGAUCCCGCUUACCCCUGAAUGACCUCUGCCUGUAUGUCACAUCCUCUGACCUCAUUCAGAUGCUGGACAAUUUGGGGGUUAAGUAUGAGUGCUAUGACCUUCUAUCGACUAUGGAUAUAUCUGAUUGUUUUAUUGAAGGCAAUGAAAAUGGAGACUUCCUCUGGGAUUUUUUGACGGAAACCUGCAACUUUACCACAACAGCACCACCUGAUCUCAAGGCAGAAAUUAUGAAAGAUCUACAAGAACCUGAAUUCAGUGUAAAGAAAGAUGGAAAAGUGCUUUUCAAUAAUAGUCUGAGUUUCAUAGUGGUGGAGGCAUAAAUAACAACCACAACAGUAUAAGUCUAUUCAAAAAUUGUAUUUUGAACAAUGUUGGUCACUCAUUUCAGUACUUAUAAACUAUACAUAACCAUUAAUAUAAAAUGAUGUUAUCUUUUAACGUGUGAAAUUUAGAAUAUUUGAAGACAUUUUAGUAUUUCCUUGUGUAAUAAUGCUUAUCUGAUCUAAUCCCUCCUCUAAGAGACAACAUGCUGGAUGAUGUCCAGCAAAGGUGACUAAGUGACAAGACUAAGAUUCAUUGGCUUAUUAAAAAAAAAAACUAUUUUAUUUAUUGUACUAGUGUCCCCAGCAUACCAAUAAAGUAUGGCUAUGAAAUUUGCAUAUAAGUGUAUCAACAUGGAAAGUAUCAUGUUGAGUGAAAUGAGUCAGAAAGAGACAGAUAUAGAAAGAUUGCAUUCAUAUGCGGAAUAUAAAGUAGCAGAGAGGUACAAGCUUGCAAUGAUGCAAUUUCUGGCAGAUAUUUCUCUGGACUUAGUUACUAAAAUACUGAAAUGCAGAAAGCCAAAACCAUGCGGCCACUAGUGUGGUCGCUCGACCUCAUAUCUCUUCAUUCUCAGCAAUGAAAAACAAAUUAUCAAAUGCUUCCUUUUCAGCAGGUCCGACUUAAGGGGGGAGAAACUCCAAACAAUAAUAGUGAGUUUUUUCCUUGAAAUAUUGCAUGUAAUCAAAGUAAAGUGAAAGUAAAGUGAAAUUUAUCAGUUGCACAGGCGAGGCGGGGGGCUGAGGAGGUGGGGGUG